AUGGAGCCUUCCUCAGCAUAUCGCAACUCGGUCACACGCCGCAACGAGUUUUUCGCAAAGCUCAAGCCGGUCUGUGUUGAGAUUAGCAAGGCAGUUAUGCGUCAAGAGACCAUAAGUUCGGCCACCAAGCAAGAGCUCAUUCGACUCACAGACCAGCUGUAUGGCAUCCUGACCACACAGACAGCUUAUGAUGCGUCAGUGCUCGACAGCAAGCUCGCAGAAUACGUCUUUUUCCCGCUUUCCUUCAUUUUUCGCAAGAAAGAGCAAUGCCCGGCCCGCCUUGUCGAGAAUGCGGUCAAGGUUGUGCGUGUACUCAUCCAGUAUGGGUGGAAAUCAUCGAUAUCCAAGGAGCUGUCCCAGCAACUUCUCAUCCUACUGACCUUCCUCGUUGGAGGAGUUCCUGGCCAACCAAGAAGCCGGGAUUCUCCUGAAGAAACAGCUCUGGAGGGAUUUCGAGCCCUCACUGCGUUGAUGAGGGCUGCUGGCUCAGUGUCGCCUACCUCAUCCCCCUUAACCGAUAUCAAUCUAGUACCUGCAAUGGGCCAUACCAUAACUGUCAUUCUCGACGGUAUCAAUGAUGGAGAGACUACAGAUAUCCGACUAGAAGCUUUGGAUACAAUCCAGGCAUUAUUUACCAGCGUCAAAGACCUCGAAGCGCUCGCAUCCUUUUUUCCGGGCACGGUGUCUUCACUGGCUACAGUGCUUUCACCGCCAGAGUCGCUCAAGACCCAGAGAAGAGUGCUCAUCCGCACUUUGCAAGUGCUCAAAACUAUCUUGGUCAAUGUUAUGGGCGAUAUGGCCACCAGAGAUAUACAGAAAAAGGCAAAGGACAAUGUCAAAGACACAAAGCCCGAGAAGAUGUUGACACCAGCCUGGCUGGAAGCGACCGCCGCGCAGGUGAAGUUGGCCCUGUCCACAGUUCUCAAGCUUCGAAAACACGGCUCUUUCGAGGUUCGACGUGCUGUUGAGGUAUUCACAGUGACACUUCUUGAUGAAUGUCACUCUUCACUAGCAAAUUGCACAUCGAUCCUCGUGGAAAGCGCCAUCAUCGCUGGCGGCGAGACCUUCAUAGACACAAGCAAGUCGACCCAUGGCCUGGCUUCGAUUGACCCAAAGGCAAAUCUCGAGGAACUUGCACGUAUAACAAAUCUGGAAGAUCUCGCAACAAUCUACCCAGAAUUAGGCGAGGUGGUCAAGACAACCGUAUACGACUGGAUCACAAGUUUACCGCGGUCUCUUCAGUCCAGCGACGAAGAUGUCAAGAAACAAGCGAUACAGAACCUGAUGAAAGGCAACAAACUGAUUCGAGAUCUUCACCUCGACUCAUCGAUGAUUGAGGGUAGCCUGGCGACCACUCUCAGAGACAGCGUGGUUACACUCGUUCGCAAUUCCAAGGAGUCAAAGGUUGUUGGAGAUGUCGACUUUGAUGACAGCUUUUCCGGCAAUAGGAGUCUCGUCAAGUCACAUUCGGAGGAACCGGAAUUCUUGCCAGUAAUCAUGGCUCAAGAUGUGCAAUCGAGCACCCGCCAAGAGCUAGCUACUUUCAUUGCGAGUAUUGGUACACCGGCCCAGCAAGCGAUGCUAGCGAGCGAAAUGCUGGCCUACGUGCAAUAUGCAGAGGGCAUAGAGCAGAUAUCUGCUUACUGGCUAGCAUUCCAGCUGCUCAAGUCAUCUUAUUCAAAGACCUCCGACGUGGACUCCUUCCUGGAUCUAUCCAUGCUCACCAACGCUUCUGACAAUCAAGAACUCGUCUUCAACGAGCUGUACACUUUCUCAGUAUCAACACUGUCGGCACACUCUGAUACUGUUGAUGUGGACUGGCGUCUUGAGGCUGUAGCUCUGGAGAUCACUGCCUUUGCAUCGUCCCGUAUGGGGGCAUCUUUCCGGCCAGAGCUCAUAGACGUUCUAUAUCCGGUGUCUACAUUGUUGGGGUCGCCUACGCCUCAGCUUCGUCGGCAUGCGAUAACAACACUCAACAUCAUCGCCGCAUCCUGCGGAUACGAUAAUGUCUCGGCAAUGAUUAUCGACAACGCCGACUACAUGGUGAAUUCCAUCUCUCUAAGAUUGAACACACUGGAUAUCUCACCCGCCUCUACAAAAGUCUUGACGAUGAUGAUACGGCUCACUGGACCCAGCUUGAUUCCUUAUCUUGACGAUGUCAUAGCUGCCAUAUUUGCGGCCUUGGACAAUUACCAUGGCUAUCCCGCCUUUGUCUCUAGCCUAUUCGCAGUGCUUGGAGAAGUGGUCGAACAAGGCGCGAAGUCUGAUGUCCUGUUGCUUGAAAGCAAGGACAGAGUCGUGAGCCAUAGGAAGAGAGCCUUGGAGGCCACACGGACAGAAGACAUCGUCGACAUGCUCGCUGGCCGUACAGAGAAGAGGCGAAAGCAGCGAGAUGAGGUGGAUGUUGAGGAGAUCGUCCGGGGUCAUUCUCAACAGCCAUGGAAAUCUGAGGCAGAGACGAUGCUCGACCAGAUGGAGAAUCCAGAGCAAGAGCAAGGCGAGCAGUCUUCCGGCAAGGAAGUCGACAAGGCAGAAGUGCCCAAGACACCGACAUACCAGAUUCUGUCGCGUAUAGUCAUGCUUACUCAACAUUACCUGACCUCCCCCACACCGACGCUCCGCAAAUCGCUUCUGGACCUCCUCAAGACAGUUGCCCCAGCCUUGGCGCCCGAUGAGAACGCUUUCCUGCCCUUGAUCAACAGCGUGUGGCCCGUCCUCGUCUCGAGGCUUUACGAUAGCGAAUCUUACGUCGCGAUCGCAGCUUGCGGGGCAUUAGCAGCUCUUUGCGAAGCCGCGGGGGACUUCCUGGCGAGCCGCAUCAAGACGGAGUGGUGGGACCGUCUGGGGAAGUGGUGCAAGAAGUCUAAACGCGAUGCGGCACAGCACGGCAAGGGACGCGGGGUUGCAGGCGGAAGGAACCCGCCCACCGAGCGAGGCCGCCUUGCGGGGGCCGCCGUGGGGCUUUUGGAAUCUAAUGCCGGCGAUAUCCUGAUCCCAACGCGGUCGGAUAGUGGCGACUUGGGCGUCCAGCUCUCCAGCACGUCACCUGCCUCGUCCCUCGCGGCCGGCUCGACAACUGGCCUGGGCAGAUUCGCCCAGGCGGCUCAGAUCUGGGAAGCCGCAGUCCAACUCUUGACCGCGAUAGUGUCCUUUGUCCGUCUAGACGACGAGAUAUUUGACGAGAUUUUGGACUUGUUGGCCGAUACACUGGCCCGGAACGACGCGGCCCGCGAGGCUCUCGAGGUUGUCAACGCGGAUGCCGUUUGGCUCGCUCUCUACAGACGCGGAGAGGCACAGCUCCCGGCCCAACCACACCUGGAGGGAGCUGGCUUUGCAGAUUUCGAGCCAGCAACCAAUCUAGUCAGGUGA